GAUUUUUUCUAAAGGUGUGUGAGAAUGAAACUACCCAUUUCAGUUUUUUUGUCGGUCUUUCUAUUCACCGCCGAGACCACUGCAGCUCUGUACCUAAGCUUCACCUACGGCUCCUCGGGUGAUCGGAUCUACCGGGGGUUCACGCUCCUCUUCACUCUCCUGCCGUCUGUACUGGUGCAGCUGACACUGACCUUUAUACAUAGGGACCUUCAAAAAGACAGACCCUUCGUGCUACUGCUUCACAUUCUGCAGCUCGGACCUAUUGUAAGGUGCCUGGAGGCCUUCUACAUCUAUGGGAGCAUGGGGAAGGUGGAGGAGCCCUACGUCAGCAUCAUCCGAAAGAAGCGGAUGCCAAGGGGCGGGGCGCCGCCCGAGGAGGUGGAGGAGCAGUUGGGCCGGGCGGAGGGGAAGAUCAUGACCCAUCGCGCUGCCUUCGCCCGUGCCUCGGUGGUCCAGGCCUUCAUGGGCUCCGCCCCUCAGCUGACCCUGCAGGCCUACAUAAGCCUGCUGCACAGGGCUGUGCCAAUCAGGAGAGGGACGAUGAUGAUCGUGUCCAUGCUGUCCAUGGUGUAUGGCGCCCUGCGCUGUAACCUCCUGGCCAUUAAGAUCAAGUACGACGACUACGAGGUGAAGAUUGGGCCCGCGGCCUUCCUCUGCAUAUUCCUGUGGCGGAGUCUGGAGAUCUCCUCCCGGGUGGCGGUCCUGGUUCUGGUGGGCUCCACCCUCCAGCUCUGGGUCCUGCCGGUGGUGCUGGCGGACCUGCUGGCCUCCUCGCUCCACCCCUGGGUGCAGUUCUGGCGGAGCGGGGCGCCGUUCCCGGAGGGCGUGGAGAAGACGCUGGAGCGCGCGGGCACCGGCGUGGCGCUCUGCCUCCUGACCCUGCUGUACGGCACCAUCAGCGUCUUCUGCUGGCCCGCCACCGACCUGGACCUCGCCCACGCCGACCUCAUCGGCCGGCGGGAGAACUGGCGCCACCCGGUGAUGUACUACGCGCUGCGUUUCGCCGAAAACGUCAUCCUGGUCAUGCUGUGGCUGGCCUACCAGAAGGACUUCCACCAGCCCCCCAUCGCUGUGCUCCUGGGCCUGCACCUGCUGGUGGGGUACGCCGCCGGCCUCGUCUUCAUGCUGGUCCUCUACAGAUUCUGCCACCCCUGCAGAAGGCUCUACCUGUCGCAGGGCUCCUGUGAGCAGCCCGGUAAUCCAUGAACGGUCCAACGCUUGCGCUGCAAAGGUCUCACAUGGGUGAUGAAGCCAAUAAGCGUCUGUGGAGACCAUGGAAAUUUACAAUUGUGCAACGUGACGCUCGUUCAGGGGAGUAGGGUUGGAAUUUUCUUUUCAGAACCUUCAAUGUUGACAACAUGUUUGUGCUGGUUAUUGUUACAAGACUGUGAUUUUUGUUUUGACAAAUGUCUAUUGUCAUUUAUUACUGAAUGUCAGUAUCUCACACCUCAUUUUUAAUGAUUAAACACCCUUACAACUGAAGCUCAAAUGUUUAUAUUGAUGACCUCAAGAUUUAGUGUGUCUUGUACAUGAUGUUAAAUUAUACUCGUUUCCACAGUGCAAUAUCCAGCCAUCGUUUAGAAAGCACAUCAGUUCUAUAAAAAUUCAUCACUUUUGUGGCAAAAUGUUUAUUAAAAGUAUUUAUGUUUGCAGAAUUGAUUGGCCACGAUACAGAUUGCAUGUGCUCGUCUGAAAAGGGGACUUGCAUUGAUGAAUAUUUUGAACACAAGUGUGGGGUUUAAUAUUUUUAUUUUCUGGCAAAAUACUGUUUUAAGCCAGCUGGUAUGGUAGAUUGACGGCUGUUUGGUUUUCACUUAUGAUGUAGCAUGUAUUACGGGCAAAAUUGCUUUGUUUGACGAAGGCGGACUGAGUGAAUCCUGUUCUGUUUUUACAUCCUUAUGGUUGGUUUGGAUUUGGCCUUUAUGUUUGUCAUUCCUUUGUUAUUUUCAGCACAUUUAAAUUCAUCUUUAACAUCCCCUGACUCCAUGAAAUGCUGAUAUGCUGUUCCACACGGGGAAACAGAUAUACAGAUGACAUUGCACAAAAUGGCAGCUGUUGGAUUUAUGUGUCUGUUUUGCAGUUGGCCAACUGCUCAUUGUUUCUUUCUCUAGUGCAGCUGUAAUGUACAGUACUGAAAAUACUGAGUGCUGUUCGAAGGGUCCUUGCUGUUUGAACCUUGUUUGAUAAUAAUAAAACUCUGUUUCAGAAAAUGAGAUUUUUUUUAAUGUAUCACUAUUUUAUGCAAAUGUUUAGUGCAUCUCUCUUAUUAAAUUAAAAUGAAAUAAUGUUGUUGUA